UUCUCUCCUCGCUGGCAGGAGCACCGGCGGAAACAACACCCUCCAAUGUUUUCCGUAGUCAUCGUUGAUUAGCUGGUUUCAACGUAGAGUGGAUUUGUCCACACAAAGAACACGUUCAGUUGCCGUAUUUGCCUUUUGGUUUCGGGACAAAAAUGCCGCUUGAAAAUCUGGAGGAAGAGGGUCUGCCUAAGAACCCUGAUCUGAGGAUAGCACAGCUAAAGUUUCUGCUCACUAUGGAGGGACACCGACAGGAUGCUAAAGUGAAGACGGAGCUCAUGGACGCUAUCAAAGCUAACAACAUGGCGCCGUAUUACGAGCCCCUGUGUAAGGAGCUGAAGUGGCAGCUGGACAACGAGCUGCUGAGUAAAAUGAAGAAGGCCAACGAAGAGGAGCUGAAGCGUCUGGACGAUGUGAUGGAGGACGCAGAGAAGAACCUCGGAGAGAGCGAGAUACGAGACGCCAUGAUGGCCAAAGCUGAGUAUCUCAUCCGAAUUGGAGACAAGGAGGGCGCUUUGACCGCCUUCAGGAAGACCUAUGACAAAACAGUGGCCCUGGGUCACAGACUAGACAUCGUCUUCUAUCUGCUGAGGAUCGGCCUCUUCUACAUGGACAGCGACCUGAUCACACGCAAUUCGGAGAAAGCAAAAAGCCUGAUUGAGGAAGGGGGGGACUGGGACAGGAGGAAUCGUCUGAAGGUUUACCAGGGCCUCUACUGCGUGGCCAUCAGAGACUUCAAGCAGGCUGCUGAGCUCUUUCUCGACACCGUCUCCACCUUUACCUCUUAUGAGCUCAUGGACUACAAGACCUUCGUCACUUACACCGUCUAUGUGUGCAUGAUAGCCCUUGAACGGCCUGACCUCCGUGAAAAGGUGAUAAAGGGAGCAGAGAUCUUGGAGGUGCUGCACAGCCUGCCUGCUGUCCGCCAGUACCUGUUCUCCCUGUACGAGUGCCGUUACUCCGUCUUCUUCCAAUCUCUGGCCAUGGUGGAGCAGGAGAUGAAGAAGGACUGGCUCUUUGCCCCACACUACCGCCACUAUGUGAGGGAGAUGAGGAUCCAGGCCUACAGCCAGCUGCUGGAGUCCUACCGCUCCCUCACUCUGGGCUACAUGGCUGAGGCCUUUGGUGUCAGCACAGAGUUCAUUGACCAGGAACUGUCCCGAUUCAUUGCAGCUGGCCGGCUCCACUGUAAAAUCGAUAAAGUAAAUGAGAUUGUGGAAACCAACAGACCUGAUAGCAAAAACUGGCAGUACCAGGAAACCAUCAAGAAGGGCGACCUGCUGCUCAACAGAGUCCAAAAGUUGUCGAGAGUUAUUAACAUGUAACCACGGUGGCCAUUUUUAUUACAGCAAAAGAGGCUUGUGUUUUUCUUGGUAUGCCUAGACCUGUUUGUCUCACAAGGUGACUCAUAUUGUGUAUAUAAUAAAACCUGUUUACCUGCGA